AUGACCACAAGCUUCCACACCUUCACCUUGGACUGGCUACCAGAUUCCCUGACCUGGAGUGUCGACGGCACAGCUAUCCGCACACUUUAUGCUAAGGAUGGCGACUCGGAUGCGCACCAGUACCCGCAGACUCCGUCUCGCUUUCAUUUGGGCGUGUGGGACGCCGGAGGACCCAACGUUGCCCGGUGGACAGCCAACUGGGCAGGCGGUUCCACAGACGUCAAGGGGUUCCCGUAUACGGCUUUUGUCAAGAGUGUCAAGAUCAGCCCGUAUAAACCCUGUGCCAUGUAUAACUACACCGACACGACCGGCAGCGGUGGAUCAGUCAAGUGUAUCAGCGCCUCGUACACCGUCCUCGACGCAGGCAGCCUCCCCCUCCUCAGCUCCGGCAACAUAUACCCCUUCGAUUCCAUCUGCAACCCAGUCCACAAGCCAGUCGAAGGCUCAGCCCGGCGUACUUCUACCGCGGCCCAACCUCCUUCCGUAUCUUCAUCCCAAGCCCUAGUUCAGACAUCAGCUCAGUCGACCGCUUUAAAGACCUCGGACCAAAAGCCGAACAUUGCACUUUCGGGCAGUACCUCGUCUACUGCUCAGAUGAGCAGCUUUUCGACCAGAAAUGCGAUCAGGCCAACAACUGCCGCCUCAGCCAGCAUGACGGCUGCAGCUAUUACCACGACCCAAUCCCCAACCGCGUCCGUGACGACGUCCUCGUCCCAGAGCAAGUCAAGCUCGACAAGUCCAGCUCCCGCUGCAAACACGCCAGCUGCGGUUCCGUCCAACACCAAAGUAACCUGUCCUGCUUCCGACAAGGCUAGCUACGUAACUCCACGCGGGACUUACCAGAUCGAGUGCUCGACCGACUACGCAAACGGCGACCUGCAGAGCUCUGGAUCCUUCUCCAACGGGCAGUCGGCCGCCUCCUUCCAGGUCUGCAUCGAUCGAUGUGCCUCCUUUGCCGACGGCAAGUGCGCAGCCGUCAACUUCAUCGGCACCGACGGAGCCGGAGCGUGUUAUCUCAAAGGUCCCGCCGGCGCGACUUCAUCGCGACCCGGUGUCCAAGCCGCCACCACGCCCGUCGCUGUCACGGCCGCCGCCACUGGCACGAGUCCGACGGGCGCAGGUGUCGCAACACAGAGUCCAUUGGUGUGCAACCAAGACAACUGCCUGCGGAACCUGAUGGACGCGCGAUUCACCAAGACGGCCAGCGCGUUCUGCUCCACGUUCACGCGCAGCGCCGUCCAGACGCUCGCCACGACGCUGGACGCCGUGAGCAAUUGCGAGGGGAACUUCCAGAUGAUCAGCAGUGCCUGCACCUGUUUGAUGGCGCCUACCGGGAAGUGA